AUGGUGCUGCCCGACUCGCCCCGCGCAUCGGCGAUGCAGCCGAUACCUGGCUUCCAUGUCUACCCGCAGGCCUCCCGUCUCUCCGGGGAGUGCUCGCCCGAGGUGAGCGUGGUGGCACCUUCCAUGCCCGCGCCCGCGCCCAUCGACCUCAACGCCACACCGGUGGCCGAUGGCUCGUCAUCCAGAGGCGCGAGGAAACGCGCGCGGCACAUGCCAGCCGACGUGCUGCCGGGAGCACGCAACUUGUUCGACCGAAUGCCGGCCUCCGGCGACGGCGACUACAUGCAGAACAUCAUCUCCGAGGGUGGUGCGCCGGCCGCUGGCGGUGCCUCCGGGGCUGGCUAUGAUCCUGACGAGACACAAAGCCAGGACGACCGAGGACCGUUCACACUGUCCACCUUUGAUCAAGAUCGGGUGGCCUUCAUGCAUGAUCAGGUCGGCCUGGACCUGGACGGCUUCCCCCUCGACCAUGAGUUUCCGAAGGACUACGGGCAAGAGGAAGAGGAUGAGUGCGACAUCGAAGGGGAGCCUUUAUUCGAGGACGAGCUCGCCAACCAAGCUGGCGGGGCGAAGCCGAAGCACAAGAGCAAGCGGACCAAGGUAUACACGGCGGUCGAGGACAAGCUCCUUUGUGAGUGUUGGAGGGACAUUGGGCAAGACCCCAAGACCGGCGCCGAACAAAAGGCAUCAACCUUUUGGAUUUGUGUCCACCGUGAGUUCCAUGAGCGCAAGAAGUUUCCGCCGUACCAAAUCCAAAGCACGCGCGGGUGGGUGUUCAUUUCGAAGAGAUGGAGGGUGAUCCAACAAGAGUGCAACAAGUUUUGUGCCACUCUUGAGAGCGUCAAGGUCCGCCCCGUGAGCGUCAUCGGCAUGCAAGACAUGGCAUUUCAAGCUUUGGAGGCAUUCAAGGUCCAACACAAUGGCAAGUGA